AUGGCGACUGCAUCUGGCCAGCCUGUUUACCGGGCUACUACAACUGCUCCUGUGAACAUUGCGGUCAUCAAAUAUUGGGGCAAGCGCGAUGUCACUCUUAAUCUCCCGACCAACUCUUCCCUCUCCGUCACCCUCUCCCAGCGUUCUCUGCGCACCCUGACCACUGCCUCCGCCUCCGCCAACUACCCCGCCGAGGAUACGCUGAACCUGAACGGUAAGCCGCAGGAGAUUCAGUCCUCCAAGCGCACCCUUGCUUGUCUCUCGAACCUGCGUGCUCUCCGCAAGUCUGUCGAGGAUGCGGACGCCUCGCUGCCCAAGCUCUCCGCCCUCCCCCUCCGAAUUGUUUCUGAGAACAACUUCCCCACUGCCGCCGGUCUGGCCAGUUCCGCUGCUGGUUUUGCUGCUCUGGUCCGCGCUGUCGCCAACCUCUACCAGCUGCCCCAGUCUCCGCGUGAGCUGAGCCGCAUUGCCCGACAGGGCUCAGGCUCUGCCUGUCGGUCCCUGAUGGGCGGCUACGUCGCUUGGCGCACUGGCGAGCAGGCAGACGGCAGCGACAGCUUGGCUGAGGAGGUCGCCCCUGCCUCGCACUGGCCGGAGAUGCGGGCCCUGAUCCUGGUGGUCAGCGCCGAGAAGAAGGAUGUUCCCAGCACCGAGGGUAUGCAGACUACCGUGGCUACGUCGGAACUCUUUGCUACUCGGGCCGAGUCUGUUGUCCCUGCGCGCAUGGACGCCAUUGAGGCAGCUAUCCGGGACCGCGACUUCCCCACAUUCGCCGAAAUUACCAUGCGUGACUCGAACACUUUCCACGCCACCUGUCUGGACUCGUGGCCCCCUAUUUUCUACAUGAAUGACGUCUCGCGGGCUGCCGUCCGCCUUGUGCACGAUAUCAACCGCGCAGUUGGCCGAACUGUCUGCGCUUAUACCUUCGAUGCUGGUCCCAACGCUGUGAUUUACUACGAGGAUAAGGACUCUGAGCUUGUCGCUGGCACAGUCAAGGCUAUCCUCGGCGCCAGCACUACCGGCUGGGAUGGUCCCUUCUACGAGAACCUGGCCCAUCUCACUGCUCCUGGUGUUUCUUUCGAUAGCAUUGACUCGCGUGUGUUGGAUGUCCUGAAGGGCGGCGUGAGCCGUGUCAUCUUGACCGGUGUUGGCGAGGGCCCUGUCACCGUCGAGGACCAUCUGGUGACCGAGACUGGCGAGAUGGUCAACAACUAG